ACUCUUUUUUUUUUAAACACCCAAUUUACGUUCAUAUUCCACGUUCUCCGCUAAAGGGCUAUUCCAUUUAACAUGUAUCCCACAAUAAGCGAUACCAAAAAUUAAUAUGCAAGCACUAAUCUUUGACUGAACUAACUAAUGAUUUCUUAGAAACAGGACAAUAACAUAUAUAUUUUUUUCUAAACAGCAUUUUGGGCACCGAACCCCCAGCACCGCAGAAAGAGAAAGCAGGACCGGACCAAACCCUCCGCGCCACCCCCUUUGUACAUAACAGUGUAACAGACUCGCACGGUUGUCACAGUUUUAUUUUCGGCUUUGCUGUUUUGUAUGAGUUUUGACUGCGACGUGCUUCCGUAGACGGCAGCUCUGAAGGCACGCGGGAAAGGGAGCGCUGCAUGAGCCAUGGCUGCCGAGGAUGCGCUCAGAACUUUCUUCCGCAGAUCAGCUCUCUGCGAGACAAAGUGGCAAUAGUCACGGGUGCGAGCUCGGGCAUCGGCGCCGCCACCAGUGUUCUGUUUGCCAAGCUGGGCGCCCGACUGGUGCUGAACGGGCGCGACUUGGGCAGCCUCACCAACACAGCACAGCAGUGCGGAGAGUGCGGCGCCGUGGAGCCUCUGCUUGUGCCAGGGGACCUGACUGAUGAAGAAAUGGUGAAGAUGCUCGUGGAGCAGACCAUCUCUCGCUACGGAAGGCUGGACGUCCUUGUGAACAGUGCGGGGAUCCUGACCAUGGGCAGUAUAGAGACAACUGACUUGGCACAGUAUGACAAGGUUAUGAACAUCAAUGUCAGGUCUGUGUAUCAUCUGACUCAGCUUUGUGUUCCGCAUCUUAUCCAGACUAAGGGCUCCAUUGUGAACGUCUCCAGUGUGAAUGGCCAAAGAUCAUUCCCCGGGGUUUUAGCCUACUGCAUGUCAAAGUCUGCGAUUGAUCAGUUCACACGCUGCACAGCCCUCGAACUGGCAUCCAAGCAAGUGCGAGUAAAUUCGGUGUGUCCUGGUGUGAUCAUCACUGAGGUGCACCGACGUGCAGGGCUCGAUGAGGAACAGUAUGCAAAGUUUCUGGAAAGGUGUAAGGAAACUCAUGCUCUUGGCCGCCCAGGGAAGGUGGAGGAAGUGGCGAGUGCCAUUGCCUUUCUGGCUUCUGACGCCGCAUCCUUCAUCACAGGGAUCAACAUGCCUAUAGAUGGGGGCCGCCAUGCCAUGUGUCCACGGUAACUGGGACAUUGUACACAGGGGUGUCGCAAGUAAAAACCAAUUAAAGUAGUGAAAGAUGACAAA